ACUGCUGGUGGUAAGAAUGUUGGGGGAAUGGUCUUAGCUCUCCUUUCCAAUCCCCAUCCUUCUUGAGAGCUCUCACUGAGUUCUUCCUUCUCAGCCUCUAAGUAGCAGUUUCCCUGGCAGGGCUGUACCCCUGACUACAGCUCACCUCUGCAGCAUAACCUUCUUUUAGCUGAACAGGGUUGAGAAGAGAGAAGUCAUACGUACUUUCAACCGCUGAAGACCACUUAAUUGGCUGGGUCUGCUAAGGCCCUUUUGCAGAUUUUGGUCCUUCUGUUCCCACCGCUCUGGGGAGUUAUGCCAUGUGGACAGCAACUCCAUAAUCGGUAACUUGCCACCCUCUUUGUGGUAUUGGGAGGAAGCCAUGGACUCCACUAAGUCUGAACCCCUGAAAGGAUCACCAGAGGCUGAAGAUGGAAACAUCGAAUAUAAACUGAAGCUGGUGAACCCAUCCCAGUACCGCUUUGAGCACCUGGUGACACAGAUGAAAUGGCGGCUCCAGGAAGGCCGCGGGGAGGCCGUCUACCAGAUUGGGGUGGAGGACAACGGGCUGCUGGUGGGGCUGGCAGAGGAGGAGAUGCGGGCCUCCCUCAAGACCCUGCACCGGAUGGCGGAGAAGGUCGGGGCAGACAUCACUGUUCUCCGGGAGCGAGAAGUGGAUUAUGACAGUGACACUCCCCGGAAGAUCACGGAGGUGCUGGUACGAAAGGUCCCUGACAACCAACAGUUCCUGGACCUUCGUGUGGCCGUCCUGGGGAAUGUGGACUCAGGGAAGUCGACUUUGCUCGGAGUCCUGACCCAGGGAGAGCUGGACAAUGGGCGGGGCCGCGCGCGGCUCAACCUUUUCCGCCACCUGCACGAGAUUCAGUCUGGCCGAACCUCCAGCAUCAGCUUCGAGAUCCUGGGCUUUAACAGCAAGGGAGAGGUGGUGAAUUACAGUGACUCCCGGACGGCAGAGCAGAUCUGCGAGAGCAGCUCCAAGAUGAUCACGUUCAUCGACCUGGCGGGCCACCACAAGUACCUGCACACCACCAUCUUUGGCCUCACCUCCUACUGCCCCGACUGCGCGCUGCUGCUCGUCAGCGCCAACACCGGCAUUGCUGGCACCACAAGGGAGCAUCUGGGGCUGGCCCUGGCCCUGAAAGUGCCGUUCUUCGUCGUGGUCAGCAAGGUGGACCUGUGUGCCAAGACCACAGUAGAGAGGACCGUCCGCCAGCUAGAGCGGGUUCUCAAGCAGCCUGGCUGCCACAAGGUCCCCAUGCUGGUCACCUCUGAGGAUGAUGCCGUCACUGCUGCCCAGCAGUUUGCCCAGUCACCCAAUGUCACCCCUAUCUUCACACUGUCCAGCGUGUCUGGAGAGAGUCUGGACCUGCUCAAAGUCUUUCUGAAUAUCCUGCCACCGCUCACCAACAGCAAAGAGCAGGAGGAACUCAUGCAGCAGCUGACGGAGUUCCAGGUGGAUGAAAUCUAUACAGUACCCGAGGUGGGGACAGUAGUUGGAGGGACACUUUCCAGUGGGAUUUGCCGUGAGGGCGACCAGCUGGUGGUGGGCCCCACGGAUGAUGGCAGCUUCCUGGAGCUGAGAGUAUGCAGCAUCCAGCGCAACCGCUCCGCCUGUCGUGUGCUGCGAGCUGGUCAGGCGGCUACACUGGCCCUCGGGGACUUUGACCGUGCGCUCCUUCGCAAGGGCAUGGUGAUGGUGAGCCCCGAGAUGAAUCCCACCAUCUGCUCGGUGUUCGAGGCAGAAAUCGUCCUACUGUUCCAUGCCACCACAUUCCGGCGAGGCUUUCAGGUGACAGUACAUGUGGGCAACGUCCGUCAGACGGCCGUGGUGGAAAAGAUCCAUGCCAAGGACAAGCUGCGAACAGGGGAGAAGGCCGUGGUACGUUUCCGCUUCCUGAAACACCCAGAGUACCUGAAGGUGGGCGCCAAGCUGCUGUUCCGGGAGGGUGUCACCAAGGGCAUUGGCCACGUCACAGAUGUGCAAGCCAUUGCAGCAGGAGAGGCCCAGGCUAACGUGGGCUUCUGAACUCCAGGCAAGCACAGCUCCGUAGCUGUCCCUACAAUAUAUAAGGUGACUCUGGCCACGCUGCCCCCCCGUUGGCAGCUCUGUGUGUUAAUAGAGAGGGGUGCUCUCUGCCACCAUUCUGGCCAGGUGCCAAGCUUGGUAUGGCCGGGGAAAGGCAGCCCUGAGGGAGAAGACAGGAGAAUUCAGGGCAGUGCCCAGCAGCGUUGUCCACCUGGUUGGCUCCUCAAUCCUGGCCACCCCACCGCCUGUCUGCUGGAGAGAGCUGACCCCCGCCACCUGGGCCCACUGUCAGGACGGGGCGUGAUCCACCGGUGUGGUCCCUGCACUUCAGGAAUUGUCACAACAACUGGGGCCUCAAAGGCACUCCUUUUUCUAUACCUCCUCUCAAGACCACGUAAGUUGGCCAUCUCUACCUGACCAGACAAAAGACAUCUGCUCCUGGCCACGUGGUGGCCCAGGGUCUGAAGAAAUGGCACUGUGACAGUGCAUGGCAGCGCUCCCGUCCUGUGCUGAGACAUGAGGCCUGUUCCGCAGCUUGAUUUCUCUUCCCUUCAGUCAAGGGCCGUCUCCUCCGUGGCCCCUCGCGUAGGCCCCACAGGUGCUAUUUGUUGUGCUGGACCAGGCGCGGGGCUGCCGAGCUGAGGCUGGGCAUCCCGAAGGUCAGCUGCAUGGCAAUCAGCUCUGUCCCCUCCUCUGCAGUGAUCUGUUGGUUUUAGUGCUGGAUCAAACAGUAUGUUUUACUUGCCCAGACUGACCCGGCUCCCAUUCCUGUCACCCGCACCCUGCUUCCUGCUCCUCCAUAAGUCCUCUCGUUUUAGUGAUUUGCAGUGACCUUUCCCUCUGUUGCUGGGAACCUGGAGGAAAGGGAAAGAUGGUGCCAUAGUUCCUACUCUUUAGGGGAUGGACUCCCUCCUUUCCCUUCGUUUGUGUCCUGGGUUCCCGUGGACUCAGGGAUUUGUCGGUUGAGGUUUCUCUGCACAUAUAUAUAUAUACAUAUAUAUAUAUAAUAUACAUAUAUAUUUAAAUACACACACAUAUAUAUAUUGUACAGAAUAAAAAUGUUUUAUUGAACACACUGUGCUUAUGCUUAAGACACAGGCUCAGCUUCCAGAGCUAGACUCCUUUCUGGAUUAGACUAGUGAAACCCUAACACUGCUGAACCCUGAACGGGGAAAGAACCCAUCGGGGAUCUCAUUCGCCGUUCUUCCUUUCCUCUCCCCCAUGUCAUCAGUGUUCCUGUAUUGUGACCAAGUAUUCUGGCCUGUUUUGCAUAGUUUUUGAGUGAGCAGAAUAGAAAGUGAAACUCGCUUUAACUGAGAUCGGUAACCUCCCCAUACGUGAGGACUUGGCCAUUUGCUACUGGUUACUGUGCCUUGUCAGAGAUUUGGAGAUCAGUGUGCCAGCUACUUGAUGAAGAGUAGAAUUCAGAGACAUGGUAAUCUGUCUUCACGCUUUUUCUAGCAAUGCAAAAUAGCCUGAAGUGAGAUUUAUACAGCUUAAACUGGCUGCUUGGAGCUAUGAGGCCCACAUGCCAAACCUUAGUCCCUGCUUCCCGUUUCUGUGUUCAGAGUACCUGACUCUCACAUUUUAUGGAUAUAGAAAUAAGGCCCAAUGUUAAAGUCAACUAUAAAAAGCAGAGACUGCAUUUUGAGAACUGAUCUUUGCAAAAGAAAUGUAAUGAUAAAUGUGGCCCAAGGUCCCAAAGGACAUUCUGCCUCCAGGGUAUUAAAGUGAUAGCUUUCCUGCCACUCAAGCUCCACUGCUUUUUAAAAUAUGACUGGUUUAACUUCCUACUAAGAAGCCUGGGGUUGAAGACCACCCUCCUGUGUUGGGAACUAAGAGCUGUUUACUUCUAUACAGUUGCUGAGCUAUGAAAAAGGUUACAUUCAGCAAAAAAAGUAUGUUUUGUUUUUGUUUUGGGGAAGCAACCAAGUUACGCUCAGAAACUGAUUUGUCUUUGCCAGUAAUUUACUCAGCUCAAGUUUGCUGUUGAGAAUUAUAAUUUCACAAGCCAAUAGCGUACAGUUUAGUAUCUCUUAAUAAGCCAAAUAAAGAAGUAACAUACUCCAAACAAACGACAAAUUAAUCACACUACUGCUCCUGGCAAGGGGAGGUGAAGGAGUAAAGUCUAAAUUUAAUAUGAAGUGUGCCUUUUUAUAUACCAGGAGGCAGUUGGGAGAGCUGGCGACCAACCAAAAAGCUGAUUUUCAGCUGCCAGCACAAAAGUAAAAGUCCCCUGUUGCUAUAGCACGUUGCUAGGGAACAAGGACAUCAGUGUUAGCAGGAGGGCUGAGCUGCUCCAGGAUUGUGCCAACUGGUAGGAGCAAAUGUCUCAGGGGUCUUCGGAGAGUUU